UACGAUCAAGCGGAGGUGCGGAUGAGCGCGGCGCAGAUGGUGUUUGAACGCGCGGCGACGGAGGCGACGACGGCGCAAGAACGCGCGGCGGCGGCGAAGAAGAGCGGACUGCCCGGAGCAGCGCAAGUCGCGGAUGCAGUGCUGAAGCAAGCGAAUAUGAAACUGGAGCGCGCGUCUGUUGACUUUCAAGAGGCGGAGAAGGAGCUCAAGAGAGCAGCGGCGACGAAGCGCGACGCGGAGGUGGAGCUCGCGGCGAGCGACAAGGCGCGGCGAGCGCGCGAGCGUUUGUUCGAGGGCAAAGGAAGAAAGGGAGGUUACGAUGCAGACGUGGAUGUCGAGGCGAAAAAGCUUGCCGCGGUGAUUAAGCUCCAGCGUGCUUGGCGCCGAUACGCGGAGCGGAAGCGAGCGAAACAUCCGGAUGCAAUCGCGAGGACCAUCGUUCGGCGUAUUUUCUCUCGCGAAAGCGCCUUCGCAAUUCUCGUCGCCUUUCUCGUUUUCUCCGGGUCGUUGUUCGCUGACGACGCCGUGGGCGUUGGACAAAAAGGAGUUGGGAUGAUGGAAGCGAUCCGCACGUUCUCGGCGCUCGAUCACGGCUAUCUGGCCCGCGGCGUCACCUCUGGCACGGUCAUGGCUGAGCUCACCGUGUUGCGAACGCGGCAUGAAAAUCUUCUCAGCGAUGUCGACGAAUGCGAGGCAUCUCUAGACGCCCUGCGUCGUGGUGAGAGCGAUGGCUGGGGAGGCGCUAUGAAAUCACCGCUCGCGGGCUCGUGCAGUUACAAACUACGAGAGGCCGAAAAAGAGUUGGCACGCCUGAAAAAGAACAGCGAAGUCGACUCUGCGAUCGCUGUGGAUAAGCAAAUCCGGCUUCUUCGCGCUGAGCUCACGCUUUCGAGACAACAAUUCGAGCACCAGAAGUUCAAACACGAAGAGGAUGUUGCGUAUUUAACCGCCGUUCACGAGGCCGAGAACGAAAAGCUCAUGGCGCACGCACAGGCAAACAUCAUGGACGCAAAGCACGAGGGAGCGCGAUGGUUGCGUAAAUCCCAACUCGAGCUCGAAGACGCGCAGAUGGAGGUUUCUACGCUGCAAGAUCGAGUGCUGGUCUAUGAAAGAGAGCUUCGAGGUGAUCCUUCCAGUUCAACGAACUUGCUCAAACAACACGACGCGCUAGUCAAGAAGCUCAAGAAGAAGCACGCCGCCGCCAUUCAAGCGCUCGAUUCGGACUUCCGCGCCAAGCUGUCCGAAAGUAAAGCUGAAAACGUCAAAUUUAAGAAUCGCGAUAUCGACAGUCUUGAAAAGCUCAAGGAGAAACAUGCGAUCGUGCAGCGAAGCCUUGAGGAGACGAUCAAACUUGCGAAUGAACAUGCGAAUGCUGCAAAGGAUCAAGUGUGCAAAUCAAAGAAAUCAAGCACCUUGACUUUCCUCGUCUACCCGCUCAUCGCCGCUGUAGGUCUCCUGUUGGGUGUCGUAGCGAAUUCAAACCACCAAACCGUCUCGAGUACGUCGAAAUCAAAAGAACCUACCGUGGAACCAGUUGUAGGCGUGCCAGUGUGCAAGCGAUGCGAAGCCGCCGAAGCGCGGAGUAAGCAAAUGCAGACAAGAUGCGAAUUCGCGGAAGACGCUAGUGCGAAUCUUCGAAAAGAAAUCAAGACACUUCAGGAGGACAACGCACGUGUGACCAAACGUUUGUCGCAACGCGUUGUUGUCAAGACCUCGAAGCUUGAGGGUAGUGAAGCACGAGAGCACGCCGAAGACGAGCACGGGCUCGAACAAGAGAACAUUAAACUCACGACUCGAGUACACGAAGCGCAAGCGCGAGCGUUAGAGCUUACCGAGCAGAAAGAAAUGUUGACGGUACGCGUUAACACAAUUCAAAAGAAGUUGAUUGAAGAGGGUGGGGUCAUCAAAGAGCUUUCAGACAAACUCGUUCACUCCGAGAAGGAGAAUUUUGAGCUUCGACAAGUGGUUGAAGAAUCUCGCGCGGACACGGCAUCAGCAGAAAAGCGAAUGGCCGAUCUUAUCAACUCACUCGAUAGCACUGGUAAAGAGCGAGGUGGCCUGCAAAACGAGCUCGAGAGUGCAAACAAAAGGCUCAAAGACGCCGCGGCGCAACUCACCAAAUCCUCGGCGGCAGCGAAACAAAAGGAUGAAAAAAUUGAGACACUUCUUUCAUCGAAGGAAGACGUCGAGAAGCAGCUCACGUUGGUCGCAGAAGAUUUGGCUAUUUUCAAAGAGCGAUACGCCGCCGGUGAGCGCACCAAAGCGCAGCUCGAGGCGCAUAAUGCUGAUUUGCAAGCACAACUGCGCAGAUCAAAGUCGAUGCACGAAACUCAAAUUACGCAGCUUCAACAGCGACUCAGCGAAAUUGAUUCUGAUCGCGAAGGCUUGAAUAAUGAGCAGGAGCGUCUCCUUGAAGAAGUCGUGUCCAAGCAAGAGGAAGUGGAUCAACUGAUGGCGCAAGUCAUUAAGCUCCAAGACAGCGACGAGGCGUUGGGUGAUGAGCUCGCUGAUUUGAUCAAGAUCAACGAAUCCAUGCGAGAACGAUUGGAAAUGCAAGAAGAGCUCCUCGCGCAGUCGCGCGAAAAGGAUUUGGUCAUCGUCGAGCACGAGUCUAACUUGGAUGCCCUGAAUUCGCGAUAUGAAAAGACAAAGUCCAAGUUGAAGGCGUGUGAAAUUUCGCGUGACGAAGGAGUUACUCAGCUUCGCAACCGCGAUACUCGCAUCGAAUUUUUGGAGGAGGAGCUGGCGUCAAUUCGAGAGCUGCAAGGAGCCAAUAGCGCGCGUCUUUCUGAUCAGCUCAAACGUCUGGGUGAACUCGAAAUGGACGCUGGACGAAAGAAAGCGGCGAAGGAAGCGGCGGAAUUGAAACUUGAGCAAUCAGAGGCUGCGGCGAGAAAGACUGUGGCGCAUUUGGAAGAAGAAAUUUCCAACUUACAAAACCAGCUCGCGAGCGAAAGGACGGCCGCAGAAAUUUCGAGAGCGUCUGGUGACGUGAACGCUGCGAGACUUCGUCAAGAGACGCGCCAGCUGCAGGAGAAGAUUGACGCGUUGAACGCUUGCGAAAGCGAAAAGGCGCAAAUGAGUCAAGAGAUCGCGCGACUUGAACAAGAGAUGGAAGAGCUACGCAGCCGGUUGGCUGAGCUUUUAGCGGAGUUAAGCGAUAUGAAACGAACUGGACAAGCUACUUCGCCCCUUGAAGUCGUGCAAGUCGAAGAAGAACGUCAAACGUUGGUGUACGACGAAGCCGCGGAUAUGCUACGAGGAUUGAAACGAGUCUCCUUAUUCAAUCUCCUGUACUCUGUGUCUUUUGCCAAGGUUAGGGAUCAACGACAGUGGAAUUCGUUGACGCUCAGUGCUUUAUCUACUGCCGUGCGUCCGAUCCCAACGCCACGGAAGCGCGACGCUGCGUAUUACGCAAAGAAGCGCUGCGCCCGCGUUUUGGUUCACUUGGCGACGACGCCGGCUCAUCACAACAUUCCCCGCUCCGGCUGGCUCGAACACGAACAAGGGUCGAUGUCGAAAGCGGUUGGCUGGCACGAUGCCGAGGACGUAUGGACAUGGGCGACGCGCGCGCUCGCCGCAAUUUCUCGCGUCUUCCAAGGACCAAAUGCGCAUCAAAUGUACCAACUCGGCGGCUUGCAAACCGCUUUGGAGUUGAUGCGUCACGCCGAGUCGGCCGUAGAUAUUCAGCUUCACGGAGCAAGAUCAAUCAGCGGAUUGAUAUCUGGCGAGCUUGCGUUUUUCGGCCGCGACGCUCCUCAAAUUGUCAGCGGCAGCGCGCUCGAGACGCUCGCGGUGACCCUGCGCACGUUCCCACUCGACGUUCGAGUCGUUCGUGCAGCCGCCCGCGCAGUGUGGGUGUGCAUCCACCUCGGUGGUCAAUUCGGACAGCACACCUUUGUGCAACAACAAGUCUACGAACCGCUCAUGUUCGCCAUGAACUGUCACCUUGGGGAUUUGAAAGUCGUGGAAUCGUGCUGCGGCGCCGUCCUCGCGGCAGCGUCAGCCAAUCCUGACACCCAACAGAAACUUGCGGACUCGGGUGUUCGUGAUGUCGUCCGCGACACGUUACAAACUAUCAGCGAAGUGUCGUUCAGUGGCGCGUUUACCGACCUCAGUGAUUGGCUUUUCGAAGCGUAGCCGCGCUUUCGUGUA